AUGCACACCUCCAUGAUCAAGUCCAAGUUCCUCAGCCACCCUGAGGAUCUCGGCAUCGUCGCUGUAGGCUUUUCGGGUGGCCAGCAAAAACUCGGCGUCGACGCCGGUCCCAAGGCCCUGAUCGACUCUGGCCUCAUCACCCAGCUGCGCGACGAGCUCGGGUACAAGCUCCACGGCGACGACGAGGUACACUCGUACACCGACGUCAUCCCCGAGUCGGACCCGCCGUUCCGCAACAUGAAGAACCCCAAGGCCGUCUCCUCGGUGACCCAGCGCAUCGCCGACCAGGUCUACCAGCAGUCGCGCCUCGGCCGUCUGACGCUGACGCUCGGCGGCGACCACAGCAUCGCCAUCGGCACCAUUGCCGGCUCGGCCAAGGCCACCCGCGAGCGUCUCGGCCGCGAGAUCGCCGUCAUCUGGGUCGACGCCCACGCCGACAUCAACACCCCCGAGACGAGCGACAGCGGCAACAUCCACGGCAUGCCCGUCGCCUUCGUGACGGGCCUCGCCAAGGAGGAGAAGCCCGAAUACUUUGGCUGGCUCGGCGACGAGCACAUGCUCAACAUCAAGAAGCUCGUCUACAUUGGCUUGAGAGACGUCGACGCCGGCGAGAAGAGGAUUCUGAGGGAAAACGGCAUCAAGGCGUUUAGCAUGUUUGACAUUGACCGCUACGGCAUCGGCCGCGUCAUGGAGAUGGCGCUCGCGCACAUUGGCACCGACACGCCCAUCCACCUGUCGUUCGACGUGGACGCGCUGGAUCCCCAGUGGGCGCCGUCCACGGGCACGCCCGUCCGCGGCGGCCUCACGUUGCGCGAGGGCGACUACAUCUGCGAGUGUGUGCAUGAGACGGGCAGCCUCGUGGCGGUGGAUCUGGUGGAAGUCAACCCGCAGCUGGCGGCCGACAGUGCAAGCGAGACGAUUCGGGCAGGAUGCUCGCUCCGAUAG